AUGCGUAAUAACUCUAGCAUAAAAUUGCAAUAUAUAAGAAAUUUAUUUGCAAAAGAACAAGAAAAAAUAGAGAAAUACUGUACCUUUGGAAAAAAACAAUGCAUUCAGAUUACUCCUGAGGAAGGGAAAUUAUUAAGUAUAUUCAUCAAGAGUCGUAAUGUAAAAAGUAUUGUAGAAAUUGGUACACUAUACGGUUAUUCAUCAAUUUGUAUGGCACGGGCUCUGCCGGAAGAUGGUCAUAUUUAUACAAUAGAAAAUAAUUCUCAACAUUCAGGAAUAGCAAAAGAGAAUUUUUGUCUCCUCAAUCUAAAUAGCAAAAUUACUCUUAUGGAAGGCAUUGCGCUAGAAAAGCUUGAUGAGCUAUCAAUCAAAGCUCCUUUUGAUAUGAUUUUUAUUGAUGCAGAUAAAGGCAACUAUACUAAAUAUUUAGAUUGGGCAGAAUCAUAUAUAAAACAAGGUGGAUUAAUUAUAGCAGAUAACACUUUAUUAUUUAAUACAGUGUUUUUAGAAUCAGUUCCAAAAGGUGUAUCGGAACAGUCAUGGCGUUGUAUGAGGGAAUUUAAUCAAAGAUUGUCAGAUGAAGAGAAAUAUUAUUCUAUAUUAAUACCAACUGAGGAAGGAAUGACAGUUUCUUUAAAGCUGUAG